GUGAAUUUAAUAAGGGAUCAUAACUUUCACCUGGUUUAUGUAAUGGAAAGAGCAGGUGUUCUUAAUGUUUUGUACAUUAUUGUAUAUUAAGAGUAACUAUCUUGGGGGGAGAAAAAAACGUUUUAUGGGAAACCAGAUGUUUUAGACUUCAAUUUGACUGUUUGUUGCAAAAGUGAUCUACUUUUAGUGGUAAAUCUAAAAGACCUGGACCUCCCCCAGCCAUCCUUGGGUACUUUGCCCCCUCAGUGUCUUGUUUUGCGCGCUUCGUACAAAAUAAUAACAUACAGGAUAUUUCUAAACUCAGCUCUUUAUUAACUAGCUAUAACUGGCAUGUUCACGUGUCUCCAACCAUGAUCAACUGAAGAUGGCCUCACCACCUGUGUGGUCUUAACCAAUCAUAGCGCAGUAUGAUACGGCGGUAAAAUGCAUACAAUUACAAUUCAGUAUGUUUACACUACGAAUAUUACACUCAGAUUCUUGGGGUGCAUGAUGCCCCUGGGCUACUGUGUGUGUGUGUGUGUGUGUGUGUGUGUGUGUGUGUGUGUGUGUGUGUGUGUGUCAAAUUGCUUUAGUCAUGUCUGUGAAGGUGGAGUGUGUGGUGAAAGAGCGGUGUGAGAUUGGAGAAGGGCCGGUGUGGGAGGAGAAAGAAGGAACUCUGCUCUUUGUGGACAUAUCAGGACAGAAGAUCCACCGCUGGAACCCAGCAACCAAACAGAAAGAGACAGUGGCCACAGAGAAGUUUGUGGGCUGUGCGGUCCCCCGACGGUCUGGAGGCUAUGUGAUCGGAGAGGGACGGAGUUUUGGAGCGCUGGACUGGGAGUCCAAGUCCAUCUCCACCAUCGCUGUCAUCGAUGAAGACAAACCCAACAACCGCUUUAAUGACGGCAAGGUGGACCCUGCUGGACGCCUCUUUGCAGGUACCAUGGCGAUAGAGGAACGUCCUACAGUUCUAGAGCUGAAGCAGGGUUCUCUGUUCUCCCUGAACAAGGACCACAUUGUAGUCAAACAUUUCAAUCAGGUGGACAUCUCAAACGGUCUGGACUGGUCUCUGGACCACAAAACCUUCUACUACAUAGACAGCCUCACCUACACUGUGGAAGCUUUCAACUAUGACAUCAACACCGGGAGUAUCAGUGAGGGACACACACACACACACACACACACACAUAAACCUUGUACUACAUCGACAGCCGUGUGUGUGUGUGUAGGUAAUCGGCGGAUGGUGUAUAAGAUGGACGAGGGGGAGGGGAUUCCUGAUGGCAUGUGUAUUGACGCAGACGGUAGACUCUGGGUCGCCUGUUACAGUGGAGGCAGAGUGAUACAGAUUGACCCACAGACAGGGGUGCGUUUGCAGACAGUGAAGCUACCGGUGGAUAAGACAACAUCAUGUUGUUUCGGGGGUAGAGACUAUUCAGACCUGUACGUGACCUCAGCCUGUAAGGGAAUGGAUGAGGCAGACAUGGCCAAGCAACCGCAGGCAGGAUGUGUCUUUAGGAUCACAGGCCUGGGUGCAAAGGGCAUUCCUGCCAAUUCAUUCACUGGAUGAGUGACACAACGGAAACACUGAAAACCGGCCCUUAUCAAUCAUUCCAUGAUGAUCAACCAGUAACUCGGAUGCACAACUGAACUGCGCCCACUGACCACUAAUCUCACAAAUAAAAUAAUGUGACUUUAUGAUUUUAAGCAAAACUCAACAUGCCUCAGUUAUAGUUACUGUACUUCAUGUAUUAGUAGGCUAUUGUAUAUCUUCUGUCCAAUAAAAAAGCUACAAUUGA